CGCGGCCGACGGGUAGAAAUGGCGGUUGGGGCGGAAGGAGGGGCUGGGGCGGGAAGCAGCGCAGGCUCGAGGCUCCAGGGCGCUGUUCCGCCCCCGCCCCGCCGAGGAUCCUGGUGCAGGGGUGUUUCACGAGCUGUCCUCCUCUCUCGGCCCCGGCCUCCCGGGCUGCGGAGGGCCCGCUAGGAAGAAGCCGUCACCCGUUACUUUGAACAAAGGAGACGGCCCCACAGGCCAGGCGACGGCCCGGCGCGGCCACUGCAGAGACGCAGAAACGUUCCCUAAAAUGGCGGCCGGCGCGCGGGGGCGGGGCUGGCGGGGCUUCCGCUCGCGGCGCGGGCGGGGCGGGGCCGCAUUCACCCACCGGAGCCCAUGGCCGCCGCGCCAGACUCGGGCGAGCCCGCCAAGGGGAAGCCCUUUAAGCUCCUAGGAAUUUUAGAUGUUGAGAACAUUCCCUGUGCUCGGGACUCGGUAUUGUAUGGUUCAUUAGGAUCUGUUGUGGCUGGCCUUGGACAUUUUUUAUUAACUAGUAGGAUUAGAAGAUCAUGUGAUGUUGGAGUAGGAGGAUUUAUCUUGGUGACUUUAGGAUGCUGGUUCCAUUGUAGGUAUAAUUACGCAAAGCUAAGAAUCCAGGAAAGAAUUGCCAGAGAUGGAAUUAAAAAUCAGAUUCUCUACGAAAGUACCCACCUUGAUCCUGAAAGAAAACAAAGCAAGAGCGGCAGCUGAGCAGGGUCUCAAGCAUCAAAAACCCGACGGUGGCUGCAGGAGUCGCUGCGAAUCACAUGGAGGGUAGCCGAUCACCCUCGUGUGCGCGUGUCCCACCAGACUUUCAGUCACAUAAAAUUAAAUAAAAGAUGUGUGUGUUGCAGUUUUUUUUUUUUUUUUUUAACACUUUUACGAAGGCCCACACACUUGCUCUGGCCCUUGCUCUACUGCCAGGAAAAGCAUCUUUUGGACUUGCCGAACUUGGUGCAGAGACCAGAGUAUAAACAAGAGUCUCCUGCUGGAUUUCCAAACUCCUCUUAGAGACAAAUGACUGUACUACUGCACCUUGUUAAAAAUGAGGCAGUACUCCCCAGUUUCUAAAGUCAGUACCUUUGUCAGAACACUAAAUGUUUUUUCUGACUUUGCAAAUUGCUAUUUUUAAAAACGAACACUCACUGCUUGACCCUAUUCUUCCAUUUCUUAGAACAGGUAGGUCAUCUCCCCAAAAGUAAAGAUAAAGGUAGUUUUUAAACGCUCUAUGUGUUUCUGGAUGUAUGCAGUGUUUUGGAAUUUAGACACCUGGCACGCACAGAAGUAUCUUCAGAACUAGUCUGAUGCAAAACCACCACAGAUCACACACACAUCACUACACUAAUAUGUCAUUUAGAAUUCAAUCUGCUGCUAUUAAAAAAGGGCAAAAAAACAAGGCACCCAACCAAGUCCACAGCAUUUAUUCAUUCAGGAAAAAAACUCUCCCUCUCCAAAGCAAUGCAAUUUGUUUUCAUGUCAACAUUACUUUAAUAGAAUCUUUUAAAUAUAACACAAAACACAAGCUAGAGGUGUUCCUGGUUAAGAAAUCAUGAAAAAGACCAGCAGACAAGGACUCUGGCAUCAUUAAUGAUCCUGUUACUUGAUUAUCACGGUACGCCAGAGAAGGUGAAGCUAUCCUGAGAUUUUAUCUUGUUCUCUCACGGCUUUUCAAGGGGGAAGUGGGGAGUGCGUGCUCUGUCUGGUUCACAGGAAGGAGCAUCUUCCCUCCUGCGCCCACUUUUCCUGGGGUCCUUCCGAGGGGCAGCGCACGCAGGCUAUGCGGGUUACCAAAUGCCAUUGUCAAGCAUGAGCCCGCAGAUGCUUGUACUGACCCUAAUCCUCUAGCAGCCACCACAGGUAGGACUUGGACACUAAUUAGGGAAGGCUGUUGUUAGAAAGGAAAAGGCAGUUUCCAAGACGGUACCACCUGUCCACUCUACGGGCACAAGUCAAAGCUGAAUCCAAUCUGCGUUACUCCAACGGACCAGUCCCUCCCAUUUUAGGAGGCAGCACCAUAUGUGAGUAGGGGGACCCCUGAGGAGUACUCCUCAGCCCCGAUCUUUAACGACGUUUGUGCCACUUAGGACCUCCGCUUCCGCUUCCAAACGCACGCAGAGUAUAGAACUGAGCGACCGGGUGGAGUCUUAACUAAAUCCCCGCCUAGCUCUCCCAUACUAGGGUUACAUCUUACCCUGAGUAAGAGAAACCUCUCUCGGCCGGCAAAAUUUCCAAGGCCUUCACCAAUAACAAGGUUAGUUCACUUUCCCAGCAGAAUGACUGCGUGAACAGGAGACCUGGAUAAAAACAAAGUGGUGACACACUUACUUGGAUAACUUUGAAAAUAUCAGUAAGUAUAAGUAAUAGUUGGGGAAGGAAACAGGUAUUAACCUAUUUUCCUUCCCCAACUAUUAAGAGGUUACAGAAAUGCUAACAGGUUACUGGGCUACACAACGCACUCCAGGUCCCUACGCUGUGGCUACUGGAUACCGCGGACAAGGCCUCCAGACAGACUUCACACUCCCACUUCUGGUCUCCAGCCCCAUCUACUUGCCCUCUGCCACCCAAGUCCAAGUUCGAACUGUGUGAACUCUGUGCCCAUCCCCUCUGCUUGGGCAUCCCCGGCCUCUGCUCCAACUUUUCCUUUCCAGUUACGCCUUCCUCCAGCAGCUUCUCUCAGUCCCUUCUGCUCACUAACCUCUGGGAAGGAGAAUCACCUUCUCAUUUAGGUUCUCCUACUACUAGCUACCACUUUCACCGGUCACUUAGGCUCCAAGCAGAGCUUCAGCGUCUCAUGGAGGACCCUCCUUGGUGUCUGGCGUGAAACCAGCCACGCGUUGUCUGCUGGAUCACAUCACUGAACCUUCACUCGCCCAGAGACAGAGUCCACGCUCCCCCCGCAUCCAAACGCGCCUUCCACGGCCCAGACCGACGAGCGACCUACCUCUCGUGCCCACUCGGGAGCCUCCGGCGGCACUGCUUCCUUCAUUGUCCCAUGAACUCCAGAACGUCACACUAGGUGAUAUAGCAGGAGAUACCAGCUAAAUAGCUGAUUAAAAUAGAAGUGUGGUCAUUAGUAAGUUGAAAAACCUCUCCCGGCUUUAUCUAUCAUACUUCGUUAAAUCUUUCUAGCGUCUAAGCAUUUCCCCCUUCCCUCAACCCCUCCCUUCUUUUCCUUGACUACUUGGCUUUUCCAUCACAGUUAAAAGGACCUCAGGGAAUUUAAAAUUAACUAGAA